ACUCAGAACUAUGUAAAGAACUGGAGAUAACGCUGAACUGCUUAGCUGCGAAGGGGUGGUUACAGAGCAAGUGAGGAAAUGUUUUCAUAUCUCCUAUGUAGGCAGAUUCUCACCUAGAAAAAGCCGGCGUUUCUGCCAAAAUAUUCAGAAUCUCUUUGGCAUCUACCACAAGACAAUUGUCAGACUUGAUUGGUCCAGCAGGGAAACGCUUUUGCUUUCAUUUCUAUGUGUUUGGUGCCAGCAUAUUUCCCUAACAGUGAUGCGAGAGGUGACCGGAUGAGUUCAUUGACCGUGGAGAUGCCUACACAGGGAAUCUCUUCCCUUCUUCAGCAGAGAGUACCGCUCUGAAUAAAUAUUCAGAAGACUUCCUGAAGUAAAGCAGGUGUUCUUGAUGGAAGGCCACUAGAAGAAAAUCCAGCAAAGAACAUGACUUUUAAAAUCAAAGGUGGAAGAGAAAAUCAAGUUUGGUAUUUGAAAAUAUCAAAACUAGCAUUGGCUUUUGCAAUUAUCCACUCAAAACCACCAGGGAAGAGUUCCAAAGAAUACACUGAGCACCUUGCCAAAACUGUAUCCGAACAAGAUUUUGGAUGGAAAUCGAAAGUUGAAGCACUGGAAGCUGAAGUUCUUCGAUUACGUCAGGAACUUCUUUUGAACAAGAUCUGUCCAAGAUUCUGCUUGGAAAAUAGAAAACCAGAUGCCACUGCUGAAACUCUUCUGGAUCAGGAAUGUGUAAAUCCUAUGAGUUACUCAAGCCAGCUAGAAGACUCUGGAUGUGAUGUCUCUAAUGACUAUGCAUUCGAUUCUUUAGGCAUAGCUUCUGAUUUUCACCAAUCUGAGCAUAAUGUUGACACUUCUAAAUGUUGGUUGGAAAGAAUUCCCCCAUUGAGUCUUUGCUGUACUAGCAAGGAGGAAUCUCUGACUGCUCCAGUGCAGUUUUUGCAACAUCUGCUUGAAAUAAGACAACUGUCAGAAGGAGGAAUUGUUCAAGCAGACUUCACAGAGCUUGAGAAUGAUUCUUUCACCGUAUGCAAUUCAGUGUCUCAGUUGCUUGAUGGACUGACUGUUUUUUACAACAGUCCUAAAUUUCCAGUUUCGAAUUUUCUUACUGAAGCGGUUUGUGUUUUGAUCCGUUUAAUAACUGAUACUAAAUUAUCUAAUCAUGUUUUGAAGAAGUGUUUUAAGAAGCUGGAAGAAUUUAAGAAAAAUCUAAUUCAGAGUAUUUUAAGAAACAGCAGUGUCAAUAGGUUUCAGGCACUGCAUGCUGUAUCACACACGCUGGUUUUGCUAGCAAGGAACAACAUGCUAAGAAAUUCUUUAAUAUCUCUUCUACUGUCAGAAGUACGUCAGUUUGCUGAGCAGCUAUUGCAAGCUCACCAGAUGCAGGCCAUGUAUGACAUUACCCAGUAUGAGAAUAUUUUUUCUUUGUGCAUGAUUCUGGAACAACUUCUUCAAAAUGAGACAGAAGAAAGUAACGUUUCAAGCUCAGACUAUGAUGGAGAAGAAAAAAUCAAAUUUCUGAAGAACCUUGAUCAAAUUAUUCUUCACCUCUCAGAUGAAUUCCCUUUGUUUUCUUUAUAUUUAUGGAGAGUGAGUGUUCUUUUGAACUCAGCUCAGAUGCAAAUUGAUUAAAACAAGCAGCCUACUUUUUAACAGUGCAUUUGUUGUGCAUUGAAAAGUUUUAGAGCCAGACAAGAAAAUUGCCAUUAUUGGAAAACAUUUACUUUAAAUGACAAUUUAUUUCCAAUUUUAAAUUUGAAAAAAUGUAGUAAUCCAGGUGCCAUUUUGAAUAAAUGCCUUCUCUCAUAAUGGAAAACAAUGUGUUGGUGUUUGCAUACACAGUGAAAAUGGCAACAAAGAAAGUUGUUUCAUCUGCUGUUUACAAUAAGCACUAUGAAUUUUAAAGUCAAGACACAACUUGUGUGUAGAGCUUCCCAUGUAGGCAAAUAAUGCCUGUCUUUUAAGAGUUGUGUAGCUUCUGUGUGCUUUAGAGACAACGGCUGGUUGGCAGAAAUAAAAACAUUUAUUUUUAAACUUGGUAACAUCACUACGAAUUCUUCUAGGACAGACUUAGUUUCUCAUUGAAUCAAAAGCCGUUAUCUGAGCAAAUUAAAAUCUGGUGCUUAGUUUUACAGCUUUCUUACAUUCAUUGUAUACUGACUGCUUGGCUUUACUUGUGUAUGCACAAAUAUAGGCACAGUAGGCCUAAUUCACUCCGAGUUGACUAAUGAUUUCAAAGGUAUAAUCUGAAUAAAUUUCACUCCUUUAAUGAUUACUUUAAACUUUUAUGUUCAAAAUUAAUGAAUAUUGAUUAAAUUCCCUUUGUAUAUUUAUGUAUUGUCUGAUUUAUAAAAUUUUAUUUCUGUGUGAUGGAAUUUUAUUCAUAAUAAUAAUUAAUAUUUUAACAGAAAUCAUCUAAACAUAGAAGGCCUUUCAAAUAUGAGUUCAACAAUACCUUAACUGAUCCAGAGUCUUCAAUAAAUUUAGAGGGCAACUAUUAUGAUGAACAGCAUUUUUUUUCUAACAGAUAAAUAACAUUUUAGUUUUAUUAUGUCUCCUAGUAGUGCAUAUCCACCAUAAAUAUAAAACAUUUUUAGCAUUAGUCCUUCUGGUUUCUUCAGAUCCAUUUUUGUCAGAAGAAUCCUCUGAAACACCACUUAUUUUAAUACUGUAAAUAAUUUAUCUUGUUAAUUUGAAUGCAUUUAUUUCAGAUAAUAAACCUUUGUUUCCUAUAUAUGCAAAAUAUAUGAAUAUUUACAAAACAUGUUACUUUGAUGUUGAAUUGGCUCCCCAAAGAGUGAUUCUUAUACUUGUGUAGACACUGGCCACUGUUCUGUUUCUUAAACUUCGUAUUUGAUGUGUUAUAUGGUAACAUUUGUUUAAUGCUUCCUUUUAGCAAACUAACUUUUAACAGAAAUCUGCUUCAGUUGCAAAACAAGUGUUCCUGAAUGUUCACAUUAGAAAAUCAGAUAAGUUUAGCCAAAUUAAAGAAAAUAAAGAAGUAUGAACGUUUGGUAGCCA